AACCUCAAAUCCAAAAUCAAAACGAAAGAAAGGUUAGGGUUUUCGCUAACAUUGAUUCCUUGAUCAAAUUUGAUUUGAUUGAUUCUCUCAAGCUUUGAAUCCAUGGCGACACAAACAGCAAAGCGAAAACCAGUGUUCGUGAAGGUCGAUCAGCUGAAACCAGGAACCAAUGGACACACUCUGACGGUGAAGGUGGUCAACUCUUCGCCGGUGAAGACCAUUCCUAACCGCGGUGGUCGAUCAGCGGUGAUUGCUUCCCGUCCUUCCCGCAUUGCUGAAUGUGUAAUUGGUGAUGAAACUGCUAGCAUAAUCUUCACUGCUCGCAAUGAACAAGUGGACCUCAUGAACCCUGGUGCAACUUUAAUUCUGCGUAAUGCCAAGAUUGACAUGUUCAAGGGAUCUAUGAGGCUGGCGGUUGAUAGGUGGGGGCGUAUAGAGGUCACAGAGCCUGCAAAUUUUGAAGUUAGGGAGGAUAACAAUCUUUCAUUAGUUGAAUAUGAAUUGGUCAAUGUCGUUGAAGAGUAAUUUUAGCUUCUGAAGCGAAUCUUUUGAAUUGGGAGGGGUUCCAUUUUUUAGUUUGACCAUUGAACAAUUGACUGCUGUGCAGGUUCUUAUAUGGUACAGUCUUGCUUAUUUAGUCUUCAGAUUGCUGUGGUAAAUGAUAAGUUUUAAAUAUCAUAUCAUUUUUGAAAAUCGAUAAUGCUUGUGCUUAUAA